AUGCCUUCCUUCUUCAAGCGCAACAAGAAGGCCAGCCCUGAGGAGGACGCACCGCCUCAGGCCCACUCCCAAGAUGUCCCAGACCUUCCUGCCGGCAUGUCACAAAGGAUGCGUCCCGAGUCCUCAAACCAGGGAGCAUACAUUCCCAGAAACCCUUCCAACCUGUCAUUCGGUCCUAUAUAUGGGAGCCAGAUCAGCGCUUCCGAAAUACGGAAACAACCGCGACCCUUCAGAAGCUACAGGCUACGGGGAGAGCGUGAGCAGCCAUGGGUCGACGACCCAAGGAUGAAGAAGACCAAGGUCGGCAACUGGAUCACCCUUGGCUUCAUCAUCAUCGGCUUCUGUGUCAGUGGAUACAUCAUGUACACUGGUGUGCAAGAGGCCCAAAUACCUGAGCAAUGUCUUAUCAUGGAAGACAACUUUGAGAAGAUUGACCCUGCCAACUGGGGCUACGAGAUCCAGACUGGCGGCUACGGAAACGGAGAGUUUGACUGGACUACCAACGACCCCAAGAACAGCUUCGUCGACGCAGAAGGUCUUCACAUUGUCCCAACCCUCACCACGGAAUCGACCAGUAUUACCGAGGAGCAGAUCGUCAAUGGCUACACACUGAACAUCACCAAGGCAGACGGCGACGGCUCUUGCACAUCCAGCGACUACAAGUCUUGCGGUAUCCGCUCCAACUCGACCACUGGAACUAUCAUUCCUCCUGUUCGAUCCGCACGCAUGACCACCAAGGGCAAGAAGUCGAUCAAAUACGGCCGCGUCGAGGUUGUGGCAAAGACAGCCAAGGGUGACUGGCUCUGGCCCGCCAUCUGGAUGAUGCCCGAAGAGGACAAGUACGGUGAAUGGCCUCGCAGUGGAGAAAUCGACAUUGCUGAGUUCCGCGGUAACUCGUACAAGUACCCUGAGGGUCGUGACUUCGUUUCCUCUACGCUUCACUGGGGUCCCGACUACAAGCACGACGGCUACAUCAACACCCACGGUACCGCCUUCUUCCGCCGCACAGACUUCGCUUCCAGCUGGCACACAUUCGGUAUGGAAUGGACUGAGAACUACCUCAUGUUGUACCUCGACAGCCGUCUCAAGCAGGUCAUGUACUUCAAGUUCAAUGAGAAGAACAAGCUAUGGAACAAGGGUGGCUUCAACGGUCUGACUACCAGCAACGGCACUCUCUUCGAGGACCCCUGGAAGCAGGGCGGCAAGAACGCGCCUUUCGACGAGAAGUUCUACCUCAUUCUUAACGUCGCCGUCGGUGCGCAAAACGGAUGGUUCUUUGACGGCGAGGGCAACAAGCCCUGGGUUGAUGGCAGUGACUUUGCUGUCCGCGACUUCUGGAAUGCUAAGGAUGACUGGCUCCCAACCUGGGGCGAGGGCACCGAGCGCGGCAUGACUGUCAAGUCUGUCAAGAUGUGGCAGGCCGGCAAGUGCUAG